UCCGGCAGCUCCCGUGAGCCCUGUUCCGGCAGCGGGAGCCCGACCUCCCAGCUGGCCCUGGCGUCCCGGGAGCCGCCGCGGCCGUGCUUACAGCAGCAGCACGAGGCGGGAGCUAAUGCAACACAAUUUCUCCUUUUAGAGCGCACGCAGUGACCGCUCUGUGCAGCUGAGAAACCAAAAUGCCCGUGGGAUCUGCACGGUGUCACCCUGCUCUGCUGCUGCUGCUUCUCUGCUCCGCGCGCCUGUGGGCAGCUGAGAUUUCCUGCAGGAAUGAAGAGGGGGAGGUGGUCGACUGGUUUUCUCUUUACAAGUUGCCAAAACAUGUGAAAGGAGAGAUUCCCAUGCUGGGGCUGGAAUACAUGUACAUGGACACCCUGGCUCCGCAGUGGCAGCUCAGUAAAUACCUCAUCAACAUGACACAGGGUGCUCUGGGACAAACACUGAAGCAGCUGUACGACACUUAUGAAUCUGAGAAAAACAGUAUUGCAUACGCGAUAUACAACGACGAGGUCCCCAAAUCAGACUCCAAUGCGUGGAAAAGAGGACAUACCAAAGGAUUUCUGCUCUUGGACAAAUCACAAGGCUUCUGGGUGAUUCACAGCGUGCCCCUGUUCCCUCCCAUUCCUGAGGAUGGUUAUCAGUAUCCGGCUACUGGGGAGACCUAUGGACAGACAGUCAUCUGUAUAACCUUCAAAUAUGAUCAGUUCACAGAAUUAGACCAACAGAUGCUGAGUUAUAAUCCAGGAAUCUACAGCUGUUCCAUCCCUGACAUCUUCCAAGCUGACCUCCCAAAUCUGCAGAAGCUCUGUGCAGGGUCUAGGCUGCCCUCGGGCCCCUUGCGCCACCUCUCCAAGCUCCAGUCGGCUCACGGGGAAACCUUUCUGCACUUCGCAAAGUCACACUUCUUCAUAGAUGAUAUCUAUGUGGCCUGGAUGGCUCAGGAACUGAAGACCGAUUUGUUGUCUGAAUCCUGGCAGCAUUCUGGCCAAAAACUUCCCUCAAAUUGCUCUCUUGACUAUCACGUCUACAACAUAAACCUAAUACAGACGCCGUUGAAUUCCACCUUUUAUUCUAUUAAUGAUCACUCCAAAUGGGCUGUUUCAAGGGAAUACAAAGAUCAGUGGACCUGCAUCGGAGACUUAAACCGUGCUGCCGAGCAAGCUUGGAGAAGUGGUGGGUUCAUCUGUACACAGAACGAACACAUCUACAAAGCCUUCAGGCACUUGAUAACCCACUAUGAAAGCUGCUCGGAGGCUUCCACAUUGUUAUAAUGAACCAUUCCUCCCAAACAGCACAGCCCCUUUGCUGUCCUGGGGCGAACUUGUGAGUGAUGCUGGGCAUGGGAUGGGAGGAGCAACAGAAACCUGUCUCUUUAGCUGGGUUGUUGGGGCUGGGCAGCAAGCAAAAGUACCCAAAAAUGCUUUAAAAUCACCCUGUGUCCCAGGAGGUAUUGAGAUCAAUCACAGCAUUUCUCCUCAGUUUGUCUGGAUCUCUUCAAGACCUGACAUGACUGAAUUCAGUCAGGGAGAUGAGUGGAUCUGUGGACAGGAAGGCUUCAGUUUUACUUGACUAAUUUUUAGAGAAGACAUGAGCUUUAAAUCAUUUGUAACCAAUAACUUGGGAAUCUUUCUAGUGCUUUUAUCUAUGUACAGCAAUCUUAUAAACAAAUAAACAUGUCCAGAAUCUGAAUAAGCAAAAUAAAUUAAGAGUAAAAAUGG